UUCCAUGGACAUUACUUGCUAUGGUGAGUCCUUAUUCUUAGAGGUGCAACCAUUAUGAGUUCUUUAUGCCUUUCUUUCACGACUUUACUUUGAGAUGUUUCGGGUGAGAUAAGGCUCUGUGGUAGUAGAGGCUUGUUUAGAAUUUUAUUGAUACCAUCGCUUUUGAGCAUGAAUGGUUAUAAAUAAGGAUAUUUUGAGCCAAAAUGUUGACCUGUCUGGCAACAAGGUGGUUAGCCCUUCUCCAUAGUAUAUAUUCUUCCUGUUCUUCGGUCGGUCAUUGUUGGUUCGCACAUCAAAUCUACUUGUUUGUAAUGACUUGACUCACAAAUUGCGGCUGCAGCCAACUUGAUCCCUAAUAAUUAUCGCUGGGAAAUGGAUUCUACGUUGCAGGAGUCAAUCCUCCUCGAAGAUUUCGGUCAGAAAGUAGAUCUAACUCGGAGAAUCCGAGAAGUUUUGUUGAAUUAUCCGGAGGGAACUACGGUGCUUAAGGAGCUCAUUCAGAACGCCGACGAUGCCGGAGCUACCAAAGUUCGCCUCUGCCUUGACCGCCGGAAUCACGGGACCGAGUCAUUGCUUUCCGAUAAGCUCGCACAGUGGCAAGGCCCUGCGCUUUUGGCUUACAACGAUGCCGUUUUCUCUGAAGAGGAUUUUGUUAGUAUUUCUAGGAUUGGUGGCAGUGGCAAGCAUGGCCAGGCCUGGAAAACCGGUCGCUUUGGGGUUGGCUUCAACUCGGUGUAUCAUCUAACCGAUUUGCCGUCCUUUGUAAGUGGAAAGUAUGUUGUACUGUUUGAUCCUCAAGGUGUUUACCUUCCAAAUGUCUCAGCAUCAAAUCCUGGAAAACGGAUAGAGUAUGUUAGUUCUUCAGCCAUCUCACUGUACAAAGAUCAGUUCUCUCCAUAUUGUGCUUUUGGUUGUGACAUGAGAAGCCCUCUCCAUGGAACUUUAUUCCGUUUCCCUUUGAGGAAUGCAGAUCAGGCUGCUAGAAGUGAGCUCUCCAAGCAAGGCUACUUGGAGGAUGAUAUCUCGUCAAUGUUAGGACAGCUUUAUGAGGAAGGAGUUUUCUCACUGCUCUUUCUUAAAAGUGUAUUAUCAAUAGAGAUAUACGAAUGGGAUGUUGGUUUGGCUGAGCCACGGAAGACAUAUUCCUGCUCCGUGAACUCAGACAACAGUGAUACCAUUUGGCAUCGUCAGGCACUUUUGAGACUAUCAAAAUUGACUGAUUCAAAUGAUUCCUUCGUGGAUACCUUUUCAUUGGAAUUCUUGAGCGAGGCAGUUAAUGGGAGUCAUCCUCAAAAGAGAACUGAUAGGUUUUAUAUAGUACAAAGAUUGUCUUCACCGUCUAGCAGGAUAGGUGCUUUUGCGGCGAAAGCAUCAAAGAACUUUGAUAUUCACCUUCUGCCUUGGGCAUCGGUUGCUGCUUGCAUAUCAGAUAAUUCAUCCAAGGAUGAUGUACUUAGGCAAGGUCGGGCUUUCUGUUUCUUGCCUUUACCUGUCAAAACUGGAUUAAGUGCACAUGUUAAUGGAUUCUUUGAGGUUUCCUCGAAUCGUCGAGGCAUUUGGUAUGGAUCUGAUAUGGAUAGAUCUGGAAGAAUCCGCUCGCUCUGGAAUAGGCUUCUCUUAGAAGAUGUUGUAGUCCCUAGUUAUGCUCAAUUACUGCUGGGCGUGCAACAGAUGCUUGGUCCUACUGAGACUUACUAUUCUUUGUGGCCCACUGGUUCAUUUGAAGAGCCAUGGAAUAUUUUAGUUGAACAGAUCUACCAGAACAUCAUCAAUUUCCCUGUUUUUUAUUCCAAUGUCAAUGGUGGAAACUGGGUUUCAGCAAGAGAAGCUUUUCUUCAUGAUAUCAAGUUGUCAAAAAGCAAAGAGCUUGAGGAUGUGCUCGUCCAGCUAGGCAUGCCUGUUGUUCGUUUGCCAAAUGGAUUAUUUAAUAUGCUUGUGACUUGUGUUACUGGUAUCAAAUGGAAAAUAGUUACACCAGAUUCAGUACGCCAUUAUCUUAGGGAAAGCAAGUUUGCAAGUGCAAUAGACAGAUCUUACAGUCUAAUGCUGUUGGAGUAUUGCCUUGAGGACCUCGUUGAUACAGAUGUUGGCAUGCAUGCAUUUGGUUUGCCUUUACUUCCUUUAGCAAAUGGGGACUUUGGUUUGCUGUCUGAACCAACAAAUGGAAUCUCUUAUUUUAUAUGCAAUGAUUUGGAAUACACACUUCUUCAUAUCCUUUCUGAUAGAGUAAUUGACAGGAAAAUCCCUUGCAAUUUAUUGGAUCGACUGACGGCUGUUGCAAAGGCAUCUGGUGCAAACCUUAGUUUUUUUAGUGUUCCCAAGCUCCUUCAAGUAAUGCCCAAAUUUUUCCCUGCUGAAUGGAAAUAUAAAAGUAAAGUUCUUUGGGACCCUGGGUCUUGUUCUAACCAUCCAACUUUGUCAUGGUUUACGCUCUUCUGGUGUUAUCUCAGAGACAACUGUGCAGUGUUAAGUUUCUUUGGUGAUUGGCCUAUCUUACCAUCAACUUCGGGGCAUUUGUAUAGACCGUCUAGGCACUUAAAAUUGCUGAAUACAGAAAACUUGUCUGAUAAAAUGCAACAUGUUCUGAUUAAGAUAGGAUGCAAGAUACUCGAUCGCUGUCAUGAUAUUCAACAUCCAGACUUAUCUAAUUAUGUCUGGGAUGCUGAUGGUGGUGGUGUUCUGAAGUCUAUCUUUGAUGUUGUCUCUUCUGCUGAGAGAAUGGAAGAUUUUCUUCAACAUCUGGUAGUGGAAGAAAGAGAUGAGCUUCGUGGAUUUCUUCUGGACCCGAGGUGGUAUAUUGGCAAUUGUAUGGAUGUGUCCAACUUAUGCAAUUGCAAAAGGUUGAGUGUUUAUCGAGUUUAUGGUGGAGAGCACUCUGAAAGUAUUCAGUUCUCUGAUUUAGUAAGCCCUCAAAAAUACUUGCCGCCUUCAGAUUGUUUUGCGUCUCUCCUUUCUGCUGAGUUCAUUAAUAGUUCUUCAAAUACCGAAGAAGAGGUGCUAAAUAGAUAUCUUGGUAUUGAACGUAUGAGAAAGGCUGAUUUCUACAAGAAUCACGUCUUAAAUAGGGUCAAUUUGCUGGACCCUGACGUUCGUGAAAAUAUCAUGAUUAUGAUUUUGAGAGAGCUACCUCAUCUUUGUGUUGAGGAUGCACAUUUUAAAGAAAAUCUGAGAAACUUGGGCUUUAUCCCUACGUCUAAUGGCUCCAUGAGAAGUCCUUCGGUGUUGUAUGAUCCUAGAAACGAGGAAUUAUAUGCUUUAUUGGAAGAUUGUGAUAGUUUUCCUUAUGGUGCUUUCCAGGAAUCUGGUAUUUUAGACAUAUUACAAGGUUUGGGUCUCAGGACAACUGUGUCCACUGAGACAGUGAUACAAAGUGCUCGAAGGGUGGAAAAUUUGAUGCAUACCGAUCCAGAAACUGCUCAUUCUAGAGGUAAAGUGCUUCUUUCAUAUUUGGAAGUGAAUGCAUUGAAGUGGCUACCUGAUCCAGCCAAGGAUGAUCAUGGAGCCAUGAAUAGAAUGUUCUUAAGAGCUACAAAUGUUUUUAAACCUCAUCAUGUUAAAUCUGACUUAGAGAAGUUCUGGAGUGAUCUUCGGUUAUUAUGCUGGUGCCCAGUUCUUGUUUCUUCUCCAUAUCAAUCUUUACCAUGGCCUGCUGUCUUGUCCAUGGUUGCUCCUCCUAAACUUGUGAGAUUAUACUCUGACUUGUGGCUUGUCUCGGCAAGCAUGCGCAUACUGGAUGGAGAAUGUUCUUCUUCUGCUUUAUCUAAUCAAUUAGGUUGGUCUUCUCCACCUUCAGGAAGUGUAAUUGCUGCACAGCUUCUUGAGCUUGGGAAAAAUAGUGAAAUUAUUACUGAUCUGAUGCUAAGGAAGGAAUUGGCCUUAGCAAUGCCAAGGAUAUAUUCAAUAUUGAUGAGCAUGCUUGCUUCAGAGGAAAUUGACAUUGUCAAAGCUGUUUUAGAGGGCUGUCGCUGGAUUUGGGUUGGAGAUGGAUUCGCAACUGCUGAUGAGGUUGUCCUCAAUGGUCCUCUUCAUUUGGCUCCUUACAUGCGUGUUAUACCGGUGGAUUUGGCAGUUUUCAAAGAACUAUUCAUGGAGCUGGGCAUCCGGGAGUUCUUGUGUCCUAAUGAUUAUGCUAAUAUAUUAAGUCGAAUGGCAAUAAAAAAAGGUUCCCUCCCUUUGGAUACUCAGGAAAUCAGGGCUGCUAUACUAAUUGCACAACAUCUUUCUGAAGUUCAGUUUUCUGAAGAUCCAGUUAAGAUCUACCUGCCUGAUGUGUCAUGUAGAUUGCUUUUUGCUACGGAUUUGGUGUUCAAUGAUGCUCCCUGGUUGCUUGAUUCAGAUGAUCCUAGUUCCUCAUUUGGUAGUUCAUCAAAUAUGGCUUUCAAUGCAAGUCAAACUGUCCAUAGAUUUGUGCAUGGGAACAUUUCUAAUGAUGUCGCUGAGAAACUUGGAGUACGCUCUCUUCGAAGGAUGUUGCUUGCAGAAAGUUCUGAUUCCAUGAACCUGAGCUUGUCUGGUGCUGCUGAAGCAUUUGGGCAGCAUGAGGCAUUAACAACUAGGCUUAAACAUAUACUUGAAAUGUAUGCAGAUGGGCCUGGGACUCUGUUUGAGCUGGUACAAAAUGCAGAGGAUGCUAAUGCUUCCAAGGUGAUCUUUUUAUUGGAUAAAACUCAAUAUGGGACUUCAUCUGUUCUCUCUCCUGAAAUGACGGAUUGGCAGGGACCUGCUCUGUACUGUUUCAACGACUCUGUUUUUACUCCCCAAGAUUUGUAUGCAAUCUCUCGUAUAGGUCAAGAGACCAAACUAGAGAAACCAUUUGCCAUUGGAAGAUUUGGGCUGGGGUUUAAUUGUGUUUAUCACUUCACGGAUAUUCCAACUUUUGUUUCGGGAGAAAAUAUUGUUAUGUUUGACCCACAUGCCUGCAAUUUACCCGGUAUAUCUCCUUCGCAUCCUGGCCUACGGAUCAAAUUCACUGGGAGAAGAAUAUUAGAACAGUUCCCUGACCAAUUUUCUCCAUUUCUGCAUUUCGGGUGUGAUCUGCAACAUUCUCUCCCAGGUACCCUCUUCCGUUUCCCCCUUAGGAGUGCAAAUGUUGCUUCUAGAAGCCAAAUAAAGAAAGAAGGGUACACACCUGAUGAUGUCCUAGCUCUAUUUCAUUCCUUUUCGGAGGUUGUCUCUGAGACUUUGCUUUUUCUGCGGAAUGUAAAAAGUAUAUCGAUUUUUGUCAAAGAAGGUGCUAACAGUGAGAUGCAAGUGCUACAUUGUGUUGACAAGCAAUAUGUAGGUGAUCCCGAGGAUGAAAGUAAUCCAAACCAUCAGGUCUUCAGUCGUAUGUACGGGAAGCAACAUGACAAAACUAAUAAAGCUCAGUUUCUUAACCAAUUAUGUAAGUCUGUGAAUAUAGACUUGCCAUGGAAGUGUCAUAAGAUUAUGGUGUCCGAGAAGAGCACUUCUGGUGGUCGUGCACAUUUGUGGUUAACUAGUGAGUGCUUAGGAUUCCUUCGAGGUAAGAAUAACCAUGCCAACCUUGAUAAUAAGUACCAUAAAGCUAUUCCUUGGGCAUGUGUUGCUACUUGUUUACACACAAUGAAUAUUGAAAGCGAUUUGGGUGGUGAUUUUGAUAAAUCUGAUCUCAUUGCUCCUAAAUUGCUGGAGUUUCCAGUGGCAUCAGCUGGCUCUAUAGAGAAUUUUGAGGGUCGUGCCUUCUGUUUUUUGCCACUGCCAGUGAUUACUGGGCUUCCUGUGCAUGUCAAUGCAUAUUUUGAGUUAUCAUCUAACCGAAGAGACAUUUGGUUUGGUAAUGACAUGGCAGGGGGUGGGAAGAAACGCUCUGAGUGGAAUAUGUACCUACUUGAAGAUGUUGUUGCUCCAGCUUAUGGUUAUUUACUUGAGAAAGUUUCUUUAGAAAUUGGCCCAUGUGAUUCAUUCUUUUCCUUUUGGCCAAUCAAGGUGGGAUAUGAACCAUGGGCGUCAGUGGUGCGGAAACUCUAUACCUUCAUCUCAGAUUCCGGUCUUAGAGUAUUGUAUACAAAAGCCAGAGGUGGACAAUGGAUCUCAACGAAGCAAGCAAUUUUUCCAGAUUUCACUUUUGAUAAGGCACGGGAACUUGUGGAUGCAUUAUCAGAUGCUGGUUUGCCAUUGGCAACCAUCCCUGAGGCUCUUGUGGAAAAGUUUAAGGAGAUAUGCCCAGGAGUGCAUUUUCUUACACCUCAACUUCUCCGUACUCUUUUAAUUAGGAGGAAUCGUGAAUUUAGAGAUAGAAAUGCUAUGAUCUUAACACUAGAAUACUGCUUGCUUGACUUAAGAACUCCAGUUCAAUCUACCACUUACUUUGGCUUAUCCUUGAUACCACUUUCCAAUGGUUUAUUUACAAAAUUUCAGAAGAGGGGGGAGAGUGAUCGAAUUUAUAUUGCUCGUGGCGAUGGAUAUGGUCUUCUUAAGGAUUCUCUUCCCCACCAACUUGUAGACUCUGGGAUCUCUGCUUUUCUCUAUGACAAGUUAUGUGAAGUAGCCCGAAGUGAAGAUUUUAACAUUACUUUCUUGACUUGCCCUUUGCUUGAGAGACUUUUUGUGCAAUUACUCCCAGCAGACUGGCAGCUAGCUAAACAGGUGAAUUGGGUCCCUGGUUGUCAAGGACAUCCUGAUUUGGAAUGGAUGAGACUGCUGUGGAGCUAUCUCAAGUCGUCUUGUGAUGAUCUCUCUGUGUUUUCGAAGUGGCCUAUUUUGCCUGUUCUAAACAAUCGUCUCCUGCAGCUAGUGGACAAUUCCUAUGUGAUCAAAGAUGGUGGAUGGAGUGAGAAUAUGUCAUCACUUUUGCUGCGCGUUGGAUGCCUGAUAUUGACGCGUGACCUCCCAAUAGACCAUCCCCAAUUAAUGCGUUAUGUUCAGCCUCCCACGGCAAGUGGUAUUUUAAAUGCAUUGUUGGCAGCCGCUGGGAAUAUAGAAAAGAUCGAGGGGCUCUUUACUAAUGCAUUGGAGGGAGAAAUGCAUGAACUAAGGAGCUACAUUCUCCAGUCCAAGUGGUUCUGUGAAGAUUCUCUGAAUAGCAGUCAGAUGGUUAUCAUCAAAGAGAUUCCUAUGUUUGAAUCAUUCAAGAGCAGAAAAAUGGUAUCUUUGAGUAGGUCAACUAAAUGGUUAAAACCAAAUGGUGUACAUGAAGAUCUAUUGAAUGAUGAUUUCUUGAAAAUCGAAUCAGAUAAGGAGAGGAUUAUCUUGAAUAAAUACUUAGAAGUUGCAGAACCUACAAAGCCAGACUUCAUCAAACAUUAUGUAAUCACUCACAUGCCUGAGUUUGUUUCUCAAGAUAGAUUACUCUCCUACAUCUUACAAGAUAUCAAAUAUUUGAUGGAAGACGAUGACUCCUUCAAAGAGGCAAUCUCCAAAGCUUCUUUUGUUUUAACUCGUGAUGGUUCCUGGAAUGAGCCAACCAGGCUUUAUGAUCCUCGUAUUCCAGAACUGAAAAUGUUGUUGCAUGGAGGUGCCUUCUUUCCAUCUGAAAAGUUCUCUAGUCCGGAGUUUCUUGAGAUUUUGGUUAAUCUUGGGCUUCGGCAAUCUUUAAGCUUUACUGGUUUGCUUGAUUGUGCCUUAUCUGUGGCCUUGUUGCAUAAUUCCGAAGAGUUAGAAGCGGUGAAGAAUGGUGGCAGGUUGCUUCACUUGUUGGACACAGUGGCGUCAAAGCUCUCAACACAGGAUGGGGACUCCAGUACUGGAUAUGAAACUUCUCAGGGGUCAUGUCUUAGUGUUUGCACUGAAGGAGCUGUUGAUAUUACUGACAACCAGUCAGGAAUUAUUUCAUUUCUCAGCAACUGGAUUGACGAUAUGACUGGAGAAGAAUUUUGGUCAGCACUGAGAUCCAUUAGUUGGUGUCCUGUACUUGUAGAUCCACCUAUCAAAGGAUUGCCGUGGUUAGCCUCAGGUAGAAAAAUUGCAAUGCCAAUUAAUGUUCGGCCCAAGUCACAAAUGUGGAUGGUUUCAUCUAAGAUGCAUAUCCUGGAUGGUGAAUGUUCAGAGCAUCUGCAACAUAAACUUGGUUGGAUGGAUCGCGCAAGUAUAGAGAUUUUGUCUGAACAAUUGCUUGGACUACCUAAAUUCUAUGUGAAGGUAAAUGAAAGCUCAGAUGUAGCACCUAAUUUUGAUUCAGUUUUGCAGAAGCAGGUGCUCUUAAUUUAUUCGCAGUUGCAAGAAUUUAUUGGUAUUAAUGACUUCGAGGUUCUCAAGUCUACCUUAGAUGGUGCUCCGUGGGUUUGGAUAGGAGAUGACUUUGUUUCUCCUGCUGUACUGGCUUUUGACUCUCCUGUGAAAUUCAGCCCCUACUUGUAUGUUGUACCGUCUGAGUUAACGGAUUUCAGAGAUUUGCUUGUGGAGUUAGGCGUUAGACUCAGUUUUGAUGUUUUUGAUUACUUUCACCUUUUACAAAGGUUGCAAAAUGAUGUGAAAGGAUUCCCCCUAUCUGCCGAUCAACUGAGUUUUGUCAAUCAUGUGCUAGAAGCAAUUGCAGAUUGCAACAUGGAUAGCUUAAUGUUUGAGGCUUCUAGUACUCCUUUAUUACUUCCUGAUUCUUCUGGAGUUCUCAUGAGUGCUGGGAAUCUUGUUUAUAAUGAUGCUCCUUGGAUAGAGAGUAACACCGUUGGUGGAAAACGUCUUGUUCAUCCAUCUAUAAGCCAGAAUCUUGCAGACAGAUUGGGUAUUCAAUCACUUCGAAGUGUGUCAUUAGUCAGUGAAGAGAUGACAAAAGACUUACCGUGCAUGGAUUACACGAAAAUAUGUGAACUUUUGGAGUUGUAUGGGAAAACUGAUUUCCUUUUGUACGACCUACUAGAGUUGGCAGAUUGCUGCAAAGCAAAAAAGCUUCAUCUGAUUUUUGACAGAAGGGAACAUCGGUGUCAGUCCCUUCUGCAGCAUAAUCUAGGUGACUUUCAAGGGCCUGCACUAGUUGUCAUCCUUGAAGGGGCAAACUUAAGUAGAGACGAAGUAGCUGGACUUCAGUUUCUUCCACCUUGGGGUCUGCGUGGUGAUACCAUGAACUAUGGGCUGGGGUUGCUUAGUUGUUUUUCAAUAAGUGAUUUUGUAUCAGUUGUUUCAGAUGGCUUCUUGUACAUGUUUGAUCCUAAAGGUUUAGCUCUUGCAAUGCCUUCACAUCGUGCACCAGCUGCGAAAAUGUUCUCGCUAAGAGGGACUAAUUUGACAGAGCGGUUCCGUGAUCAGUUCAGUCCCUUGUUGAUUGAUCAAAAUGUGCCAUGGUCAUUGUCCAAUUCUACUGUCAUACGCAUGCCUUUUUCCCCAGAAUGCAUGAAAGAUGGAUUGGAGUUUGGCCUGAAGAAGAUUUCAAUGAUGCUUGAUAAAUUCUUAAAUAAUGCUUCUGCGACGAUCUUGUUUUUGAAGUCAGUUUUGCAGAUUUCAUUGUCAAUUUGGGAGCAAGGAAGCCCUCAACCAUCCUUGGAAUAUUCUGUUGACCUUGAUCCAUUGUAUUCAGUUAGUAGAAACCCUUUCUCGGAGAAGAAGUGGAAAAAGUUCCAGCUAUCAAGUCUAUUCAGUAGCUCAAAUUCAGCAAUCAAGCUACAAGUCAUAGAUGUGAAUUCUUGGAAACAAGGGACUAAAAUAGUUGACCGUUGGCUUGUUGUGCUUAGUCUGGGUUCAGGACAAACAAGGAACAUGGCACUUGACAGGCGGUACAUGGCAUACAAUCUUACACCUGUUGGUGGUGUUGCAGCACUGAUAUCGCAAAAUGGACAGCCUAGCAAUACUUGUUCAUCAAGAUUUAUCCUGUCCCCACUUCCACUGUCAAGUACUAUGAACAUACCAGUCACUAUACUUGGAUAUUUCCUAGUAUGUCAUAAUCAGGGUCGUUUUCUUUUCAAGGAUCAAGAAAUGGAGUCUUUGGCAGGGCCACGGUUUGAUGCUGGAAAUCAAUUGAUUGAAGCUUGGAAUCGAGAACUUAUGUGUUGUGUUCGUGAUUCUUAUGUGAAGCUGAUAUUGGAAAUGCAAAAGUUGAGGAGGGAACCAUCGACUUCUCUUCUGGAGCCUAGUGUGGCCCGAGCUGUCAGUUUGACUCUGAAUGCUUAUGAUGAUCAGAUCUAUUCAUUUUGGCCCAGGUCGACUAGAAAUUUGCUGAUUGAACAAGAGCAAGAUGGAAACGAUUUCAUGUCAAUGAAGGUUUCUAAAGUAGAUUGGCGAUGUAUAACUCAGCAAGUUAUUCAGCCAUUCUAUGCUCGUCUUAUGGAUCUUCCUGUUUGGCAGUUGUACUCAGGAAACCUAGUGAAGGCCGAGGAGGGUAUGUUUCUAUCUCAGCCUGGCAUUGGAGUGGAGGGUGGCUUGCUUCCAGCUAUAGUUUGUGCCUUUGUGAAAGAACAUUAUCCAGUUUUCUCAGUACCGUGGGAGUUGGUGAGUGAAAUACAAGCCUUAGGGGUUACAGUCAGGGAAAUCAAACCUAAGAUGGUCCGGGACCUUCUUCGGGCUUCUUCAACAUCUAUUGUUCUCCGAUCAGUUGAGACUUACAUAGAUGUACUUGAGUAUUGCUUAUCAGAUAUCCAGCUCCAAGAGACCGGUGAACCAAGUAGGCCUGAUUCAUUCAGAGAUAUUAGCAACUUAGAUUCUGUUAAAGAAUGUAGUGAAGGUCACACUAAUUCUUUCUCUGAAUCAAGCUCCAGUUCUCAUAGAAUUCACAGCACUCUGCAACCUUCAAGCAGUUCUGGAGGAGAUGCCCUUGAGAUGAUGACAAGUUUAGGGAAAGCCUUAUUUGAUCUAGGCCGAGUUGUUGUUGAAGAUAUUGGUCGUGGAGGAAGUCCUUUAUCCCAAAGGAAUGUUGUUUCGGCAACCAUCGGGGAUAGUAUUAGAGAUAGAAAUGAUCAAAAGCUACUAGCUGUAGCUAGUGAACUCAGAGGGUUACCCUGUCCAACAGGAACAAAUCAUCUUACUAGGUUGGGAGCUACCGAACUUUGGGUUGGAAACAAGGAUCAACAAUCACUAAUGAUUUCUUUAGCUGCUAAAUUUCUUCAUCCUAAAGUACUGGAGAGAUCAAUAUUAUUGAACAUUUUCUCUAACAGCACAAUUCAAUCAUUAUUAAAGCUGCAGGGUUUCUCCCUUAUUUUGCUGGCUAAUCAUAUGAGGUUUCUUUUCCAUGAAAACUGGGUGAAUCAUGUGAUCGACUCAAAUAUGGCACCCUGGUUCUCAUGGGAGAACAAUGCUACUUCUGCAAGUGAAUGUGGUCCUUCUCCUAAUUGGAUUAGACUUUUCUGGAAGAUGGUUGAUGACUGUUCAGAUGACCUGGAACUUUUCGCUGAUUGGCCACUUAUUCCAGCUUUUCUUGGUCGUCCAGUCCUAUGCCGUGUAAAGGAGAGAAAACUUGUUUUUAUUCCACCUGUUGUAACUAAUUUAGACUCUAUUGAUCUUGACGACAGGGCAAGUAGAGAAGCUGAUCUGUCUGGAUUACCUUUGGAAUCUGAAGAGAUUCAAUCCUACAGCUUUUCAUUUAAAUUUGCAGAGAGAAAGUACCCUUGGUUGAGGUCGUUGCUGAACCAGUGCAAUAUACCCAUGUUUGAUACCUCUUUCUUGGAUUGUGCUGGUCGUUGCAAAUGUUUACCCAGCGAGGGGAAAUCGUUAGGUCAAGUUAUAGCAUCGAAGCUUGUCGCAGCUAAAACUGCUGGCUACUUUCCGGAACUCACUUCCUUUCCAGAUUCAGAGCGUGAUGAGCUUUUUACCCUGUUUGCUUUUGAUUUUUCUGCAAAUAGCUCUGGCUAUGGAAGAGAGGAGCUUGAAGUGCUGCGUGAUUUGCCUAUAUACCAGACAGUUGUGGGAACAUAUACAAGAUUGCAGAGACAUGACCUUUGUAUCAUUCCUUCCAAUACGUUUCUUAAGCCAUUUGAUGAACGCUGUCUAUCUGUCUCUACUGAUUCUAAUGAGAAACCUCUUUUUCGAGCCCUUGGGGUCCCGGAGUUGCAUGAUCAACAAAUUUUUGUCAAAUUUGGAUUGCCUGGAUUUGAUGAGAAGCCUCAGUCUGUACAGGAAGAUAUUUUAAUCUACCUAUACUCGAAUUGGCUGGACCUACAAGAAGACUCAUCAAUUGUUGAAGUACUUAAGGAGACUAAAUUUGUUAGAAGCGCUGAUGAAAUGUCUGCAGAACUCUUUAAACCAAACGAUCUGUUUGAUCCCACUGAUGCUUUAUUAACAUCAGUGUUCUCAGGCAUGCGAAUUAAAUUUCCUGGAGAAAGGUUUAUUUCCGAAGGAUGGCUACGCAUUUUGAAGAAGGUGGGCCUUCACACUUCAGCUGAAUCUGAUGUUAUCCUUGAAUGUGCCAAGAGAGUUGAGUCACUUGGAAGAGACUUCAUGCCACCUUCAGGACUUACUGAUGAUCUUGAGAAAGAUUUAUUCAGCUCACAGGAUGAAGUAUCAUUUGAAAUCUGGUUGUUGGCAGAAAGCCUUGUUAAAACAAUAAUAUCAAACUUUGCUGUCCUUUACAGUAACCACUUUUGCAGUAAUUUUGGGAAGAUAGCAUGUGUUCCUGCUGAGAAGGGCUUCCCAAAUGCAGGUGGCAGGAGAAGUGGGAAGCGAGUAUUGUGUUCAUACUCUGAAGCUAUUAUAUUGAAGGAUUGGCCACUUGCUUGGAGUUGUGCCCCCAUUCUUUCUCGGCAGAGCAUUGUCCCACCAGAAUACUCUUGGGGGGCUCUCAAUUUGAGAAGUCCUCCAGCAUGUCCUACAGUUUUGAGGCACCUCCAGAUUAUUGGAAGAAAUAGUGGUGAAGACACACUUGUUCAUUGGCCAGCUACUAUAGGCAUAAAAUCAAUUGAUGAAGCUUCCUUUGAUGUAUUGAAGUACCUGGACAGAGUCUGGAGUUCUCUCUCUUCUUCAGACAAGAAGGCAUUAUGCCAAGUGGCCUUCAUGCCUGCUGCCAAUGGUACACGUUUGGUGACAGCAAGCUGCCUUUUCACACGUCUGACAAUUAAUCUUUCCCCAUUUGCCUUUGAACUCGCUUCACUCUACCUGCCUUAUGUGAAUAUCCUUAGAGACUUGGACCUCCAGGACACACUUUCCAUCUCUUCUGCAAAGACUCUCCUUUUGAAUCUUCAAAAAGCAUGUGGAUAUCAGUGUUUGAAUCCAAAUGAAUUCCGUGCUGUGAUGGGAAUUGUGCAUUUCAUCUGUGAUCAAGCAAACACUUUGGACAUGAGCAGUUGGCGUUCUGAAGCAAUUGUCCCUGAUAAUGAUUGCAGACUUGUACAUGCUAAGUCAUGUGUAUACAUAGACUCUUAUGGUUCUAGCUAUAUUAAGUUUAUUGACAUUUCCAAGCUGAGGUUCGUCCACCAAGAUCUCCCAGAGAAGUUAUGUAUUGCCUUUGGAAUCAAAAAGCUUUCAGAUGUGGUUAUAGAGGAACUAUAUUGUGAAGAACAUUUGCAAUCUUUAGAAUGCAUUGGAUCAGUUCCGAUUGAAGCUAUAAGGCACAAGUUGUUGAGCAGAUCCUUUCAAGCUGCAAUGUGGACUAUUGUCGGUAGCAUGGAAAGCAACGUCCCUGGCAUUGGUAAUGCUACCUUAGAGGAUAUACAAAGUUCAUUGAAAUUGGUUGCGGAGAAGUUGAGAUUUGUUCAAUGUCUACGUACACGCUUUGUGCUCCUUCCAAAAUGUUUGGACAUCACUCGAGUUAGACAGGAAUCGAUGUUCCCAGAGUGGAAGGAUACAUUGCGUCACCGGGCCCUUUACUUUGUUGAACCGUCUAAAACUUCUGUGUUGAUUGCUGAACCACCAGACUAUGUCUCUAUAGCUGAUGUAAUAGCGAUUGCUGUAAGCAGGGUGUUGGACUUCCCCAUCCCAUUACCAAUGGGCUCUCUAUUCCUCUGUCCCGAGGGCUCUGAGACUGACCUUGUUGAUAUCUUGAAACUGAGUUCUCAUAUGCAAGCUAAUGGAUGCAGAAGCGAAAAAGAUGGUCUUCUUGGCCUGGAUAUACUACCCCAAGAUGCUUUACAACUACAAUUUCACCCAUUAAGACCUUUUUAUGCUGGAGAAAUAGUAGCUUGGCGGCAGCAGAAUGGAGAAAAGUUGAGGUAUGGUAGGGUCUUAGAGAAUGUGAGACCAUCAGCAGGCCAAGCACUCUACAGAUUCAAAGUAGAAAUAUCACUGGGAUUGGUUGAGCUUCUUCUAUCUUCUCAUGUCUUCUCUUUCAAAAGUGUCACCAUCUCUGCUGUGGAUUCCUCAGCUGAUUUUCUGGAGGGUUAUUGUACGAUGGACAAUACUAGGAGUGAAAGUGUUACUGGAAGAGUUCAGUCAAGACCUUCUGAGGGGAACCACCAGCAGCAGCUUCAAGCACUCCAACAUGGUCGCGUGUCUGCUGCAGAAUUGGUCCAGGCAGUUCAGGAGAUGCUUUCUGCGGCGGGAAUCAGUAUGGACGUGGAGAAGCAAUCAUUACUGGAAACAACAAUCACAUUGCAAGAGCAAUUUAGGGAUUCUCAAGCAGUACUCUUGCUCGAGCAGGAAAAGUCUGACAUGGCUACGAAAGAAGCUGACACAGCUAAAGCAGCAUGGCUGUGCCGCAUCUGUCUCAACACUGAAGUUGACGUUACUAUAGUCCCUUGUGGUCAUGUGCUUUGUCGUAGAUGCUCAUCUGCAGUUUCAAGGUGUCCAUUCUGUCGGCUUCAAGUCUCUAAGGUUAUGAGGAUGUUCCGGGCGUGAAUACAAUAUUGCUGCAAAACUACUACCAAGCCUCCUACCGUGUACUUCAUUGGUAUUAUUCAUUUGCAUGGUAUGCUAUCAUUUGCUAAAGGAUAGUUGAUGCAGUUUUGAAGAGUCUUUACUUGAAUUGUUCUCCCAGUUUCCAAGGUGCUUUCUUCUGGAUACCAUAUUAGGGCAAAGGCCCCAUUUAUAUCCGGUCAGAAAAGAAAUUAUUGUAGAUGGAGAUGUACACACAGCUCAACUUUAUAGGUAAUUGUAUAGGGUCUUAUGAUCUAGUCAUGUACAUAAAUCGGCAUAUGGUAGCAUUCAUAAGGGUCUUAUAAUCUAGUCAUGUACCGUUUUUUUGGAUGGUGUCUAAUCGUGUACAUAAAUUGGCUAUGAUGUUUUAAUUGAUGGCUAUUCAAGUCUGUUGAAAGUAGUGCCUCAAAAACUGGAGAUUAGUUGCACUUUCUGUCGAGGUACAACUUAAAAGUAGGAUUAAGUUCAGCUAAAUGUUGCAAUGUUAUGUAAAAUCUGAUUAGUCUGUUGCUAUUUUUUAGGGGCGAAAUGGUCUGAUGGACUCUUGUACUUGUAUGAAUUUGUAUUCUGGACCCUUCUACUUAAUCAUUUGCCAACUG